UGCAAAUGGCAGCAGAGAAGGAGAAGGAGGAGGACAGGAAGGGACGAUGAUGAUUUGACUUCCUCAGCAACAAGAAAAGAAAAAUUAACCUUUGGGUUUUUGCCUCCAUCUUCUCUAUUUGUCCUCUGAUGCUUCUUCUGGGAACAUUUCUGCAGGAGUUGGUGGUGCCGACGUGCACGCGCUCGGCUGAACCAUGCCACCUUUGUGGAUCCUAACUUUGCUCCUCGCUCUCAGUCCAGCGCGGUGCGUCCGCUUCUCGCAGGAGCCCGCGGACCAGUCGGUGGUGCUGGGGGAGCGCGUGGUGCUGUCCUGCGUGGUCUUCAACUACAGUGGCAUCGUCCAGUGGACCAAAGACGGCCUGGCUCUCGGCGUAGGGGAAGGCCUCAGAGCUUGGCCCAGGUAUCGGGUGCUACGGGCUUUGGACACGGGCCAGUUCAACCUGGAGAUCUCCCAUGCCGAGCUGUCGGAUGAUUCCCUGUACGAGUGUCAGGCCACUGAGGCCGCUCUGCGCUCCAGAAGGGCCAAACUCAAUGUUCUCAUCCCCCCUGAAGACCCGGUGGUGGAGGGAACCCCGGAGCUUCUGCUCAUGGCUGGAACGCCACACAACCUGACCUGCGUCACCCGCGGCGCCAAGCCUGCCGCGCACAUCCAGUGGACCAAGAAUGGAUUGCCUGUGGAGGGAGCCCAACAGUCCACGGAGGUGCUGCCUGACAGGAAGAGAGUUACAACCAGGAGCUACCUUCCCAUCAUGCCGACGGACACGGACAGCAGCAGUAACUUUACUUGCGUGGCCAGCAACCCGGCGGUCCCCAUGGGCAAACGAGCCACCAUCAUGCUCAACGUGCACCAUCCUCCGACAGUGACUUUGUCCAUUGAGCCUCGGUCGGUGCUGGAAGGCGAGAGAGUCACCUUCACCUGCCAAGCCAUCGCAAACCCACCCAUCAUGGGCUACAGGUGGGCUAAAGGCGGCGUGCUGCUGGAGGGCGCCAGAGAGAGUGUGUUUGCCACCACGGCCGACCACUCCUUCUUCACGGAGCCCGUGUCCUGUCAGGUCUUCAAUGCUGUGGGCAGCACCAACGUCAGCAUCCUAGUGGACGUCCACUUUGGACCCAUCCUGGUGGUGGAACCACGGCCCAUCGCGGUUGACGUGAACUCGGACGUCACCCUGAACUGCAAGUGGUCCGGCAACCCCCCACUGACCCUCACGUGGACCAAGAAGGGCUCCAACAUGGUGCUGAGCAACAACAACCAGCUCUACUUGAAGUCCGUGAGCCAAGCCGACGCCGGACAAUACGUCUGCAAGGCCAUCGUGCCACGCAUUGGCGUGGGAGAGACCGAGGUUACGCUCACUGUUAACGGCCCUCCCAUCAUCUCCAGUGAUCCCAUCCAGUACGCCGUCAGGGGGGAGAGAGGAGAAAUCAAGUGCUACAUCGCCAGCACCCCCCCACCCGACAAGAUUGUGUGGGCGUGGAAAGAAAACGUGUGGGAGAAGGAGAAAGGCACCCUGAUGGAAAGAUACACAGUGGAGCAAAGUAAGCCGCCGUCGCAGGGCGGGGCCGUCCUCUCCACCCUCACCAUCAACAACGUCAUGGAGACCGACUUCCACUCGCCAUACAACUGCACCGCCUGGAACUCCUUUGGCCCCCGCACUAUGAUUAUCACUCUGGAAGAGAAAGAUAUUGUUCCAGUGGGAGUCAUCGCUGGCGGUACGGUGGGCUCAUCCAUCCUGCUGCUCAUGUUGCUGCUAGCACUCGCCUUCUUCCUCUACCGCCAACGCAAAGGCACUCGCAGAGGGGUCACCCUUGGUAAACCAGACAUCAAGGUAGAGACGGUCAACAAGGAGACCCACAGUCUGGAGGAAGAGGCGGCCAACGUCUCCACAGCAACCCGGAUGGUCAAGGCCAUGUACUCCUUUCUGCCCUCUGUCUCCCUCUCUCCCUCCACUCAGCCCUUCAAAGACGACAUGGACCUCAAGCAGGACGUCCGCAGCGAGAGCGACACCCGCGAGGAGUACGAGCUCAAGGAUCCAACUAAUGGCUAUUACAACGUACGAGCCACCACGCACGACGAUGCCCGCCCCCAGUCCCGUGCUGUCCACUACCAAGGUGAGUUCCGCGCUCCGAAUCCAAACAGCGGAGCAUCCGGUGCUGUGUCCGGCGGACCUCCAGUCGCCGCCAGCGGUGCGGUCCCUCCCAGCGCGGUUCCGGGCUCCAGGACAGGCUGUUACGACCCCCGUCCGCCUUCUCGGAUCUCCCAUGCCACUUACGCCCAGUUCAACACCUUCACCCGGGUGGCACAGAGCCAGCAAGCUGCUCCCAAUCCGGUGCUUCAAUCACCCGGAGACUACCCAGGAGACUGCGGACUGCUGGACAGCACCACCCAGCUGGCUUAUGACAACUACGGAUACCCCUCCCAGUAUCCCAGCUACCGCAUGGCCUUUGCGCCACCCAUAGAGGAGGGGCCAGCCUAUGAGAUGUAUCCGACAGGAGAGGGACCCGCGCAGGGCUCCACACCUGGACAGCAAAGUCCCGAAGCGGGACUCGGGAAGUACGGAACAGCUACUCGCUUUUCAUACUCAUCGCCACCUUCUGACCAUUCCAGCAGACACACACAGCGAAUGCAGACUCAUGUGUGAGAUACAUUGCUCCAAAAACACACAAAAAGUCGAAAAAAAACAAAAAACAUCUCAGUACACCACCUCGCAAGGUUUAGCAUUCUGUUGCCGUGGCAACCAACGCUGUGCAUUUGAUAAAACAACCGAUAUGCCGUCGUUAGCAAUACGGUUCACGCAUGCGAGGCAGGCGCUCACGCACAUUUGCACAGGCCUCGCGCUGCAUGUGGCGACAACUCCCCCGGAAAAGCAGCGAGAGCCACAAUCAAAGGAGGAGGAGGAGAAGAGCACUUUGACGAAGAGCAGCGCCGGGUUUCCUCUGCAAAGCUCGAUCCACGCCCCUCGUCUGUGAUGAGGUUCAGUAGCUCACGCGCUUUGCUUUUAUUUGGACACCUUCCGACAAAAAAAAAAAAAAGGAUUUGUCUUGCACUGCAGCAUCGAGGCAGCUUGGACUAUAAACAUUUGUGGCGCUUUUGGACCCAAGAGACGGCGGACAAAACGUGCCAACACACAAACCUCUUUUGUAACGACUGGACAACGAGACGCUUUUUAUACUCGGCCGAGAAAAAGGAGGAAAAAGAGCGGUAGCGAGCGCCAUCCAUUUCAUUUUGUAUCGUCGUUUCUACGUGGAGAUGGAACGCUUGUUUGGCGGCAUUUGCGUUUUCAUUUCCUAUUUGUACAAAUAAUACCUCCCCCCCGUCCUCAAGUGUCAAAACAUGUUUGUUUCUCUCACUUGCACAGUAGAAUAGUUUUUUUUUUUUCAUAUUUAUACUGAAAGUAAUGGAAAAAAAUGGCAUUCGAAAACAUUUUAUAGUAUUUUUGUAAGACGUUGUGGACCAAAGGUUCAACAUUUUUGCUGGAACACUUUUUAAUGUGUGUGCUACGACGUGAUGGCCAAUGCAUAGAGAUGGAAGAUCUUGUAGUCAUACUUGCCAACCCUCACGAUUUUCACGGGAGACUCCCGAAUUUCAGUGCCCCUCCCGAAAAUCUCCCAGGGCAACCAUUCUCCCGAAUUUCUCUUGAUUUCCGCCCGAACAACAAUUUUGGGGCGUGCCUUAAAGGCACUGCCUUUAUCGUCCUCUACAACCUGUCGUCACGUCUGCUUUUCCUCCAUACAAACAGCGUGCCGGCCCAGUCGCAUAACAUAUGCGGCUUUUACUCACACAUAAGUGAAUGCAACGCAUACUUUUUCAACAGCAACGUUCCCUCUAAGGUGCGCAACUGUGCAAUUGCACACUGCUCAAGCGUCCUCUGUGAACGGCAAAUUUAUGCCACGCACAAAAUCAAAUUAAGAAAUAAGCGCAUAACAAUUUUCGACACAGGGACACGACAGAGAAAACUGUUUUCAUCAUCAUUGUUCAAAUAUUGUAACGUCUGUCGAGACGCUUUGAAGACAUGAAUUCCAUCAAUGACUUUACUGAGCAAAACUCUUUAUUGUCGGCCAUAAACACAUCACCAAAACAUUAUAUCUAGCAAAACUGGUCAUUUUCUGCAGUCCAAACCAGACCAAAAGCAACUUUGUUAUAUCAACAGCAGCCGCUCGCUCUUUCUCACUUGCGCCAACACAUGCACAUAUGGCACUUAGCCAGUGAUGCGUUUAUAGCCACACAAAAAGUCGGACAACUCCAACACCACACAUAGUGUCAUUCCAGGUCGUUACACUAUGAUUUACCAAUCAAAUGUGUGCUUAUUCUAGUGUCAUUUAUUAGAAAUCUUAAUUUAUAAAUAUUAAUCAUGAAAUGCUGUUCGUAUAUUAAAUAAAUACUAAUAAAAAUAUAUUUUUUACAAACAGGAAGUUACAGGAAGGUACACAUGAUCCCCUGCUUACAUCUCAUUGUGCAACAUGUGAAUGUUUUAAUGGGCACUAAAUGCAAUGUCUGAAAGGGGUACAAAUUAUUUCCAAAGCAGGACCUCCACCCAGACAAGCAAUACAAGUACACAGUUCAAGAAAAACAAUAUUUUUUGUUAAUGUCAUUGUAAGUGGGCCUAAACACUUAUAUUAGAAAUGGAAAUGACUGCUGUCAUUUGAUUAUGAUAAUAAGAGAAUGUUGUCUGUCUAUCUGUGUUGGCCCUGCGAUGAGGUGGGGACUUGUCCAGGGUGUACCCCGCCUUCCGCCCGAAUGCAGCUGAGAUAGGCUCCAGCACCCCCAGCGACCCCGAAAGGGACAAGCGGUAGAAAAUGGAUGGAUGGAUGGAGAUUGAACUUGUUAUUUAGUCAGGUUUGGGACAGGUGUGCUGCUGCUGGUGGAGCCACAGUGUGCACGUCUGAUGUUGCUCACAUGGGCUCCACUGAAUGCUCAGGGAGUUUUUGCGUUUGCUCACACACAUGAAAAAUUAGAGGGAACAUUGGUCAACAGCCAUACAGGUCACACUGAGGCUGGCCGUAUAAACAACUUUAACACUGUUACAAAUAUGAGCCACACUGUGAACCCACACCAGACAAGAAUGACAAACACAUUUCGGGAGAAAAUCCGCACCGUAACACAUCAGAACAAAUACCCAGAACCCCUUGCAGCACUAACUCUUCCGGGACGCUACAAUAUACACCCCCGCUACCACCAAACCCCGCCCCCCCCCAGCCCCCCCACCUCAACCCCGCCGCCCCUCCAUCUCCCGAAUUCGGAGGUCUCAAGGUUGGCAAGUAUGCUUGUAGCUGGUUUCAAGAGUUUGAUUUCAAAAAGAGAUACAAUACGCAGCAAAAAGGAAUGUCUUUUUUUGAAGUGAACCACCCCCUCAAACCGCCAGUCUGGGGACGUGAAUGCCUUUUUUGAAACGACAUUCAGAUGACGGGUGGUAACGGAGCGCUCAAGUGGAGUCGUAACAUAUCAAGGUGACGCUAUUGAGCUCAUGUAGUGUAAACACUCUGACAUGCCGGCUUCCUCACCGCAGCUUGUGUGUUUUUAUGUGUUGGGUUCUUAUCAAAUAACGUAUAAAGAAUCAUUCUUUAUUGUGUUCAUGCUAGACAACAUUCAGCUUUUUAAAGCACUGCUGCUAAGUUGGCCUCCAUUGGUGCAGCAUAUUGCCUAAGAUGGCUUCAGCGAGCGACCAAACAAAAUCACAAGACUAGUGGUACUCUGGUUUUUGUUCGCCCCGCUUUUCAUGUGAUUAGUUUUUUUCAAAAUGUGGUCCCGGUGUUCGUAUGCCGUCUUGAUUAUCGUACGUCCGAACAUGGCGCGCAUUAUUGUGUGGAAUGAAGUGACCGAACAAAGAAUCCCACACUGCAAAAACUGAAAUCUACGUUAGAAUAAAUAUCUCAUAUAAGGGUGAUAUUUGCUUAUUGUCUGUCUGAUAAGAUAAUUCUUCUCACUAAGCAGAUUUUAUGUGAGUGUUUUACUUGUUUUAAGGGUUUUUGGUCCUAAAAGAUCUCAGUAAGGUAUGACAGCUUGUUGCUGAGAUUUGAUUACCUAUAUUGAGUAAAACAUGCUUGAAACUAGAAUAUCAACUGUUGUGAAGCUGUGUCAUCAACACUCACAAGUAUAAAACUACUUUUUUAUCAUGACUUUGACACAAUUGUGUCUUUGCUGUUUUAUUUUCAAUGAAACAAUAGAACAUUCGUACUCAUAUAGUUAUUAGUGAGAAUAUACUUAUUUUAAGAUAUUUUUGGGUUCAUUGAGGUUAGCUAAUUUUACUUGUUUUGGAAAGUCUUGACAAGCCAAAUUUUCUUGUUCUAUUGGCAGAUAAUUUUGCUUAGUUCCAAAAAAAUGCCCCUAAUUUUUGCAUUUUUUGUUCUUGUUUUUGAACACUGACUUUUUGCAGUGCACAGAAUGGCGACUCAGUCUUUGUACUUUUUUUUUAUUGUGUACGGCUGCAAAAACAAUUCCCCAUUGGGCCAAUGAAAGUUGUGAGUACCAUCACUUUGAUAAAGAAGGUGAGAAACACUCUCGCAAAGUACCCACGUGGCUUUCCCUUCCCCUCCUCCCUCUCCACUUCUCGCCAACUCGAUAAAAGUGAUGGUAAAGUUUGAUUUUUUCAUUUAAUUUAUCGGCAGUACUUCGGGAUACGAGUGGAGUUGGUUCUGUGUUGCAGCUCGUACUUGAAAAACUUGCAUUGUGAACCAGCUUCACCCAUUGAAAUCAAUUUAAUUGCUGCUUCGCCUUCCCUCCAAAAAUCUGAAUUUCAACACGUAACAUGCAUUUGUCAAGAAAAACAAACGCUCAAAAAAAACGAUACAUUUUAUUUUUUAUUGCAGUUGAAAUAACUACAAUAGUUUUAUGAAGUAAUAUAAUAAUAAUAAUGUGCAGUUGACUUCUACGGUUUCUCCGUUCAGCAGCUUAUCCAUAUUUUCCUGGAUAAAUGUCCACCGUUUAGAUAUUAUUUUAACAUCCUUGGCUGGCGUAAUCGACUCAUUCUGCUUCAGUAUAGUGCAGACUAGCACAAAAACAUGUUAGCUACACACUUUGUCAUGUUUUUGAUGAAUAUAUUUCUUUAUUUCGAUGACUAUCAUCAAUUUCUUUUUCUCAGCACUGUCCUUCACAUUCACUUUCUUCAGUCCUAUGGCUAGAAAAACAAAGUUAUGUCGAUCUCCAGUUUUAAGUUAACGCUACCGGGUAAUACCGAAUGUUUUGGUCAGAUCUUACAGGGUUCACUGUGACAUUUGCAAUGCAAACUAGCUGUGGGGAAUCUCGUAACCCGCAUUUUGCUCAUGACCUAAAGCAUAACAAUUAGCUGAGAGUAGAGAUGUCCUGAUAAAUGCUUUAAAAUGUAAUAUCGGAAAUUAUCGGUAUCGGUUUCAAAAAGUAAAAUUUAUGACUUUUUAAAACGCUGCUGUAGGGAGAAGUACAGAGCGCCAAUAAACCUUAAAGGCACUGCCUUUGCGUGACGGCCCAAUCACAUAAUAGCUACGGCUUUUCACACACACAAGUGAAUGCAAGGCAUACAUACAGGUCACACUGAGGGUGGCUGUAUAAACAACUUCAACGCUGUUACAAAUAUGCGCCACACUGUGAACCCACACCAAACAAGAAAGACAAACACAUUUCGGGAGAACAUCCGCACCGUAACACAACAUAAACACCACAGAACAAAUACCCAGAACCCCUUGCAGCACUAACCCCCUUGCUGCCCCCCUCCCACCCCACCUCAACCCCGCCCACCUCAACCUCCUCAUGCUCUCUCAGGGAGAGCACGUCCCAAAUUCCAAGCUGCUGUUUUGAGGAAUGUUAAAUGACUUCAAUAAUAAAUAUGGCAGUGCCAUGUUGGCAUUUUUUUCCAUAACUUGAGUUGAUUUAUUUUGGAAAACCUUGUUACAUUGUUUAAUGUAUCCAGCGGGGCAUCACAACAAAAUUAGGCAUAAUAAUGUGUUAAUUCCACGACUGUAUAUAUCGGUAUCGGUUGAUAUCGGAAUCGGUAAUUAAGAGUUGGACAUAAUCGGAUAUCGGCAAAAAAGUAAUUAUCGGACAUCUCUAGCUGAGAGACAACUUGAAAGCUGAGACACUCUUAUCCAGGAGUACCACUGCUUGUAAAUAUAUAUUUUUUCUCUGUAAAAUUAUUUUUUUGUAUAUAUAUAUAUAUACUUUACAUAUAUACUUUAUACAUAUAUAUAUAUAUACAUAUAUAUAUUAUAUAUUUAUAUAUAUGUAUGUAUUAAUGCUGUCAAAGUUAACGCGAUAUUAACGCGUUAAUUAAUAGUUCCUCUAACGGCGAUAAUUUAGUUUAAUGCGCAAUUAACGUUUUAGACCCUCGGCCCGUGCCGUAGUUUGGGAAAAUGUGUAAUGGCGCCCAGUUACUAUUGAGCCACGGGCUCUAAAAUAGCUAUCAGAACUGCACAAAGAAAGGGGGACCUUAUGGAAAUCUCAGAUCCAAAGACAUGGUAAGUCGUUCUCCGGACAAGACAAGACACGACAAGACAAGUCAAGACAAUUUUACACUUCAAUCGCCGUGAGACGACAUCAUUGGAGUGAGGAGGAGCUUCACGUCCGUGUUUCCAUUACAGUUGCGUGCAUUGAAAACAUAAAAUGUAGAUUGUUACUCCGACUGCUUUGGUAAGCUCAACAGAAACAAAGACAGUCGAGAGGAAAUCUGAAGUCACUUUUAUCUGAGAUUUUCGUCAAAACAUGUCAUGUCUUUUCUCAUACCAAUCACACACGUCCAGUUGGCGGCUUUACAAUAAUAGCGCUACACGGUCUAACCAACAAAACAACGAAAAAUCGUCUUAAAAUACGAUUAUGUUAUCCUGCGAUAUUUUUACCUAAAUAAAUAUUUUCUCGCAGCUUGAAGUUAAGUGUAUUAUGCAGCUGGGAUAGGCUCCAGCACCCCCCGCGACCCCGAGAGGGACAAGCGGUAGAAAAUGGAUGGAUGAAUGGAUAAUGGCAGCAGAGAUAUGAUGGAGGAAGACUCUGAACAAACUUGUCUUCUUCUUCGCUACCUCUGAGACAAGGUUUAAUACUGCAGGCAUGCCUGCAACUGCCCUCUGCAGCCUAUAGGGUAAUUACAGUUCACUAUAUAGGGGCAGCUCGGUGGCAGAGGGGUUAGUGCGUCUGCCUCACAAUACGAAGGUCCUGAGUAGUCUUGGGUUCAAUCCCGGGCUCGGGAUCUUUCUGUGUGGAGUUUACAUGUUCUCCCCGUGACUGCGUGGGUUCCCUCCGGGUACUCCGGCUUCCUCCCACCUCCAAAGACAUGCACCUGGGGAUAGGUUGAUUGGCAACACUAAAUUGGCCCUAGUGUGUGGAUGUGAGUGUGAAUGUUGUCUGUCUAUCUGUGUUGGCCCUGCGAUGAGGUGGUGACUUGUCCAGGGUGUACCCCGCCUUCUGCCCUUUUGUAGCUGAGAUAGGCUCCAGCGCCCCCGCGACCCCGAAGGGAAUAAGCGGUAGAAAAUGGAUGGAUGGAUGGAUAUAUAUAUAUAUAUAUAUAUAUAUUAUAUAUAUUACCAUCGCUAUGGUAUAUUCUUUUAUAACCUGUUCUGAUUGAUAGUCCGCAAUUACAGAAUGUUUUAGGAUGAAAUGUUUACAUUUUAUUAGGGCUGCAACAACUAAUCGAUUAAAUCGAUUAUAAAAAUAGUUGACGAUUAAUUUAGUCAUCGAUUCGUUGGAUCUAUGCUAUGCGCAUGCGCAGAGGCUACUUUUUUUUUUUUUUUUUUUUUUUUUUUUUUUAUAAACCUUUAUUUAUAAACUGCAACAUUUACAAACAGCUGAGAAACAAUAACCAAAAUAAGUAUGGUGCCAGUAUGCUGUUUUUUUGCAAUAAAAUACUGGAAAGAAUAGAAAGGUAUUUUGUCUCUUAUUUAAUUAUUAAUCGAUUAAUCGAAGUAAUAAUGGACAGAUUAAUCGAUUAUCAAAUUAGUUGUUAGUUGCAGCCCUACAUUUUAUUAAUAAGUAGGUAGAGAAGGUUAAGACAUCGUCAUGCAGUGAUAUGAACGCUAUUAACUUGCACUACUGUGCGGAUGUUUGGGGCAAUAAUUACAUAAGUACACUCUAUAUGCACUCAUCAUCCUGCAGAACAAAGCAAUAUGGAUCAUUCAUAAGGCAGGAUAUAGUGAUAGCACAAAUACAUUUUUCUUACUUUCAAAACUAUUGAAAUUUAAAGAUCUUGCAGAACUUCAAACAGUACAAAUGACAUAUAAGUAGGGAUGACGUUUGAUAAGAAAUUAUUGAGUUCGAGCCCAUUAUCGAAUCCUCUUAUCGAACCGAUUCCUUAUCGAUUCUCUUAUUGAAUCCAGAUAGGUUGUUGUAUAUGGAAGGAAAAAAAACAAUAUUUGGUUUAACAAAUGCUCACUUUUAUUUUAUAAAAAAAUAAAAUAAAAUAAAAUAAAUGAAUAAAUAUAGACUGUUACCCCCCUAAAAUUUAAAAAAUAAAUAAAUAAAUAAA